CAGUUAAUUGGUCUAUCAAACGAAAAACAUAACUUUCCUAGACAUAUCGCUGUUAGUCACUUGUUAUCAUUUACUUUUAUCAACAUUCGCCAUUCGCAGCACUUAAACUCAAAGUUACCAAACGCCCAUCAGCUUGUCCGACCAAUGCAAAGAUGUUGGUGCUAGUGCUCGGUGACCUACACAUUCCCCACCGGUGUAGCAGUGUUCCGGCCAAAUUCAAGAAACUGCUCGUCCCAGGGCGUAUACACCACAUCCUGUGCACCGGAAAUCUGUGCAGCAAGGAGUCGUACGACUACCUGAAGACGCUCGCCAACGAUGUGCACAUCGUGCGGGGAGAUUUCGACGACAACAGCAACUACCCGGAGCAGAAGGUGGUCACGGUGGGACAGUUCCGCAUUGGGCUAUCGCACGGGCACCAGGUGGUACCGUGGGGCGAUCCGGAAGCGCUAGCACUCAUCCAGCGACAGCUCGACGUGGACAUACUGAUUUCGGGCCAUACGCACAAGUUCGAAGCGUACGAGCACGAAAACAAGUUCUAUAUCAACCCGGGCUCAGCGACCGGAUCGUACAAUCCGCUCGACACAGCCGUCAUUCCGUCGUUUGUGCUAAUGGACAUCCAGAGUACGACCGUGGUGACGUACGUCUAUCAGUUGGUGGGCGACGAUGUGAAAGUCGAACGAAUCGAAUAUAAAAAGAAUUGAUAAAUGACAUGUCCUGCCCGGAACGAAACACACGUAUAUAGAAAAUAAUAAAGCAAAGAAUGAGAAGUGAAUUUAAAUAUGCAUAAAUAUAAUUGUAUUCAUGGUUA